AUGGCAUCAUUCGAAGCGACCAUUAGCCUGAACCAAUCGCGGGCAGCGUUCAUUGAACGCAUUUCAAGGGAACUGCUCACCGAAGAGGCGAAAGGCCUCACGAUUUCGGAUCUCCAGGGUCAACUCGAGAUCCUGGAGACUUACUGGGAGAAGUUCGAGAGCACACACGAGAAGCUCAUCGGGGGCAGUGGCAAGAUCGAACGGGUCCUUGAACUGGCGUACUUCAAGGACAAAUGCUUCGAUCUUACCAUCGGUCGCUAUCAUGAGGCACGCGGAAUUCUGAAUCAGCUCAUUGACAAAAAGGGGACAUCUGGCUCUUCUCGUCAGUCUAUCGCGCCUGGUACAGCUCAGCCCACCUACUCGAAGCGCUAUCUCCCGGAGAUUUCGCUACCUAAAUUCGGAGGGGCUUACGCGGAUUGGCGCUCUUUUCGCGAUCUUUUUGCAUCCUUGGUCGGCUCAAGCACGGAUCUCUUCAACGUGGAGAAGAUGCAUUACCUCCGCACAAGUCUCUCCGGAGAGCCAGCUCAGCGGAUCGCGAACCUGACGAUCUCAGAUGAGUCGUUUUCAAUCGCUUGGGACCUGCUCUUAUCUCGCUAUGAGAAUGCGCGACUGCUCAUUUCAGCUCAUCUAGAGCGACUCCUCAGUCCCCCAGCUAUGACAGCUCACAGCGCCAAGGAACUGAAUGCCCUUCUCACCACCGUCAGCGAAGCUCUGAAUGCUUUGGAAGCUCUGGGAUCUCCGACAGCUCAGUGGGAUCAGGUCAUCGUUCAUACGGACUCACAAAGGCUCAGCUCAAAGCUUCGUGAGGCCUGGGAGGUUAAG